AAUCAACUAGAUCCGAGAAUCAACCGAAGGCCGUUUAGUGAGGAAGAAGAAGAGAGGCUGCUAGCAGCACAUCGCAUUCAUGGAAACAAGUGGGCACUGAUUGCAAGACUGUUUCCAGGCCGUACUGAUAAUGCUGUGAAGAACCAUUGGCAUGUUAUAAUGGCAAGAAGACAAAGAGAGCAGUCCAAAGUUUGUGGGAAGAGAAGCUACCAAGAUUUCUGUAAUGAUCACUCAUCAAACACCUCCUCAAUUUCCAACAAUUUUGAUGUAAGCAGGAAAUUUAAAUCUCAAGGGGAAUUGAGAUCUUCAGCAUCAAUUGGGUUUGAUCAGAAUAGUAGCACUAAGUUCUUCGAAUUCCGAAACCCAAAUAAAGAUAGGACAGCAAUGUUCAUGGAUUCAAGGCAUACUAGUUCUUCCCCUUACAAUUGGAACUUUGCUACAAUGUCAACAACCUCAAACAACGCCGCAUCAUCUUCAGUUGGUUUAUUGGGAAGGGAAAGAAGAGAUUACUUCAACAAUGUUAGUUCUAACAACAAUAUUUCCGGGUGCUCGAAAGGUUCGGAUCAUCAAUUCGUUCACCGGAGAAAUAACCCGACUACUUCUUCAUUCAUGUAUGGCAGCUACAUAGGUUCCACUAGCGCAUUUGGGCUUCCAAAUUACAAGAGGGUUAAUGUUCCAAGUCCUUUUGGGUGCCUCGGUCUUGGUGAUCACAUUAAUCUUCCUGAGCAACACGGAAGGACAUUCAAGAAAGAGUUGGCUAAUUUUUGUGACAAUGCAUCAACAUUGGCAAAAUGGAGGGUUGCGGCCACAGCUAAAUUUGGUGACCAUGAUUGUCAAGAUCACGAAUCGAUCGAUCAUCACAAGGAAACUCCCUUCAUUGAUUUUCUUGGUGUGGGGAUCUCUUCUUAAUAAUCAUGCACCAAAUUAAGCACAAUUAAUUUAAUCUUUCUCUUUCUAUCUAUUUUGAAACUUUCUUGUAGUUUAAGAGGGAGAAGGGCAUGCAGAUGUUUAGGAUAUAUAUGUAAUAGUUUUAAUAUAUUAUGACCUAUGCAUACUCUCUAGUAUGUAGUUGCAAGAAUCCAAAUGAUAUAUUCUCUAGGCUUGAGGCUUUAAGAAUCAAAUCUUUAAUAUUUUGUCCUCAAUGAUAAUAAAAGUUGUUGGUGAGAUUUUUAUA